AUGGCCACAGUCAUCAGUGUCCCGUUUUUUCAAGUUGUCUGAUAAUUCUACUAAAACUGACUGCUCUACAGGAAAGGAUGAACUGGAAGAAAUAUCACCAGAUUCUGAAACCAAUGAGAACAAGUCAGUAAUAUCAGAUGUUGAGAGCACUACAGCAAGAUGGGAACAAGUUGUUGAGUUCAUGGACAAGCUGGGAAAGAAGCCACACCACAAGUGAAUGAACCUCAAUAACAGUCGGCUCACCACAAAUGAUAUUGUCCAGUUGGCUGCUCUACUGCCCAAUUUGCCAACCUUGGAGGAGCUGGACUUGUCAUGGAAUGAGUUAAUUGGUGGAGCUCUGAAACUGCUGACCAGUCAUCUGCAACAUACACCUCAGCUGAGGGUGCUUGAGCUGGCUAGUUGUGGUCUCUCUGGUCUGGACAUUUCCUCACUGGGUGACUCUCUCCAGCUUCUGGUCAACAUUGAAAAGAUCGAUUUAUCCUGGAAUAGUGACUUGGGAGGGAACCUUUCUCUCUUUUCUCAGAAACUCCAGCCAUGCUCUACACUGAAGAUUCUAAAGCUAGUUGAUUGUAAUCUAACAAGAGAAGAUGGAAUUGCCUUGGGGAAGGCUUUAUCUGUCACCACAAAUUUGGAGAUUCUGGACCUCUCCAUGAAUAAAAGUGUUGGAUGUGGUUUAGCAACUUUAUUUCAGGAGCUGAGGCAUGUUCCACAUCUGCAAGUGUUAAAAUUGUACAACUGUGGCUUAACGCAAGAUAGUAUCCAAGACUUGGGUAUUGCACUGAAUUAUGUACCUGGUAUGAAGAAAAUGGUUUUAUCCUGUAAUGGCAUUGGUGGUGGCUUCAAGGAGACAGCAACACAUUUACUGAACGUCACACAACUCCAGGUGUUUGAUGUCCAUGAUUGUUCAUUGACUGAAGGUGAUAUUUCUGCUCUGACACAGAUAAUUCCUUUACUGAAGAAUCUACAAGUGCUGAACUUAGCACUGAAUAAGAAUAUCGGAGAUGCUGUGAGGCAUUUGAUUGCACGGAUUCGCUUUUUACCAAGGUUCAAAGAUCUUACUGCCAGCAACUGUAAUUUAACCAAAGAAUCCAUUGUGGAAUUAGCUGACACCCUUCCAAACAUGACAGAGCUGGAGACCUUGGACUUGUCUUGGAAUAAAUGCCUUGGUGGAAAUCUGGGAGUACUUAUCCAGAUGCUGCAAAAUGAGACUCGUCUCCGUGUGCUCAAGCUGUGUAGCUGCAACCUGACAGGCCAGGAUUUGGCAUCUCUUGUGUCCCUCUCAUGUGCCGGAUUUCUAUCAAGCCUCGAAAUGCUGCAUUUAACAUAUAAUAACACAGUCGAUGACCAAUCAUGGGUGAUGUUUUUCCAGGAAAUAAAUGGGCUGAAGGCCCUCUCUGAACUGGACAUUGGCCUAAUGCCUUUAAGUCAUCGAGAAUGCAGCCCCUGGUUGGCUGUCCUACUUUGCUGUCUGUCUCGGCUUCCCUCACUCUUGGAAUUGGGGAUGCACCACUGGGUCAUCACUGCUUCACAAUGUGAGCUUCUGGACACCUUCAACAAGCAAAAUCAGCGGAAUAUCCAUUUUACGUAUUAGUCUG